GUCUCACCAACCUUAUCACGACGCCAAGAGUCAUGACUGUCAGAGGCAACCUCUCGUCCAUGUCCGCUCUUGAACCAUGCUUUGAUCAUGCUGCAAUGGUCAAUGCGAUCUCAGCUCAGCCAUGAUCGCACAUUGAAGUUUUGGUUUCGUCUAUUUACAUGAGCCAUUCUGGCCUCACACUCAUCGGGGAAUUCCUCCCAGUCUUGAGUAGAGCAUCCCCUGGCCAGAUUCACCCCCCGACCUGUGACCAUGGCCAUCGCGGGACGUCUUGGCGGCCGUCGUCACCGAAUCCUCUUUGUCGACGCCUUUGACUCUUUCACCAACAAUAUCGUCGGACUGCUGGAGGAAUCCUGUGCGGACACGACGGUUGAGCUUGUGCACAUUGACGAUGCUGGCUUCCAGAAGAAUAUCGAGUCACGCAUCGAUCAAUUCGAUGCUGUAGUCGUCGGACCUGGGCCGGGCCAUCCCUCCAACCCGGAUGACGUUGGUUUCAUCAACCACCUCUGGCAGCUCAGCGAGGAGCGCAUGCUUCCCAUUCUAGGCAUCUGUCUCGGCUUUCAGUCGUUGUGCUUCGCCCACGGUGCCACGGUGGAAAAGCUGGCGAGAGCCAGGCACGGAAUCGUCAACAGGGUCACGCACCAAGACGAUGACAUCUUCUCCGGCAUCGGAGAUCUCGAGGCUACGCAGUACCACUCGCUCCGAGCAAACCUGGGCUUCGCGGCUGGCGAUGACCAUGUCUCGUGGACACCAUCCGAGACAUGUCCCGAUCUGCAGCCACUGGCAUGGGAUGUGGACGAUGAGCUGAACGGACCUAUUGUCAUGGGCGUAAGACACACGACGAAACCCUUCUGGGGCGUGCAGUUCCAUCCAGAGUCGAUAUGCACGAACAAGGCUGGCAAGGCGCUCAUUCAGAGUUGGUGGGAUCUGGCGCGGGACUGGAGUCGACGGAAUGGCAGGGAGGUAGCGCCGCGUUUGCAGGAGAAACAGGCAAACGGCACGGCUCAUAAAGUGGGAGGACAAAGCAAUAGCACCAGUAAUGGCGACGCUUCACCAGGAGAACAAGGUCACGGGCCCUUUGCCGAGUACCUCUUGUCGAUCACAGACGGAAAAAUCUCUUUCGAGCAGUCCGUUUCCAAGACGAUCGAGAAGCUGCAUCUGCCUCACGUCCUGGAAGCAUUAGGGCUGGCGCAGGAUCAAGUCCUGGUUCUCGACUCCCAAGGCCAUCCCUCUGGACGAUACAGCAUCAUCGGUCUUGUGAUGCCCGAUAUAACGGCCCAGGUCAGUUACCGCGUGGCCGAUAAGACCCUACGUUAUGCCACUGGUCCAACGAAGCAACAGUCUAUCCAAUUAAAGGGAAUCGAGGAAGUGUGGCCGGCAUUGCAAGACGCUCUGGAUGUGUUUCAACCUCCGAUCCCGUCCGCGUUCGAGAAGAACAUUCCGUUCUGGGGUGGUUUCAUGGGGUUCGUGUCCUACGAGGCAGGUCUCGAGGGCAUUGACGUGGCUGCUCAUCCGAGCUGUGAGGAGGGCACCCUUCCAGACGUCAGCUUUGCUUUCAUCCACCGGAGUAUCGUCAUUGACCACCAUGCCUCAAAUCUCGUCAUCCAGUCCCUCUUGCCCGACGACGAGGAGUGGCUGGCCACGACGAGCCGGAUCAUCGACCAUCUGUCCUCGGUGAGCGGGACCUCUGAUGCGGUCGGUACCGGCGUCUCACUAGAGGACAGAUCCCUCGAUCUUGCACUCUCGCGAGCCAAGGUCACGAGACCAGCAGAGCGAGAGUACAGGGAAAAAGUGCUUCGCUGUCAAGACUUUCUCGCCUCGGGAGACUCGUACGAACUGUGUCUCACUGACGAGACGACCAUUGAAAUCUCCGGAGAGAUUAACGAGUGGGAUCUGUACAAGCGCCUGCGUCGAAACAACCCAGCGCCCCACGGCGCUUUCCUGCGUCUCGGUAACAUGACGGUCAUUGGCAGCAGCCCCGAGCGCUUCCUCCGCUGGACACGCGGGGGCCAGUGUCAGUUCCGCCCCAUCAAGGGUACGGUGAAGAAGGGGCCCGGCAUGACGCGCGAACGUGCCCACGAGAUCCUCGACAGCUCCAAGGAAAGAGCAGAGAACCUCAUGAUUGUCGACCUCAUCCGGCACGAUCUCAGCGGCGUUAUUGGCGCGGACAAGACGUGGGUCUCCAAACUCAUGGUCGUCGAAGAGUACGAGACGGUGUACCAGCUCGUCUCGGUCAUUGAGGGCGAGCUCCCCGACAAGAGGGCUGGCCUCGAGGUGCUCAAGUCGUCCUUGCCUCCUGGGUCCAUGACGGGGGCACCGAAGAAGCGGUCCUGCGAGAUCCUGAGGGACAUUGAGAAGAGGCCGCGCGGGCUGUACUCGGGCGUCAUCGGGUACAUGGACAUUGGCGGUGCCGGAGACUUUUCGGUUGUCAUCAGGACGGCCGUCCGGGGGUCGAAAGACAGCACAUGGCGUGUGGGUGCUGGCGGUGCCGUGACCAUUCAGUCGACUGACGAGGCCGAGUUUCACGAGAUGGAGACCAAGCAGUCCAGUGUACUGGCAUCGCUCUUUCAGCAGCAGAAGAAGUCGUGA